CUUCGUACCUUUUGCUGUUGACAUCCACGAUGACUUCCACUUCGAGUGUACGCACUUGCUAUAACUGCGGAGAUCCGAAUCAUUUCGCUCGAUGGUGCCCGCAUAACACCGCGAUGACGAACGUGAAUCGUACUGCUGUUACUAUUGGACAGACUCCUAUCCCUGCUCUUCCACCCCCUCCGACGUUUGUUCCUCCUCCUCCUCCUCCUCCUCUUCAGGCGAAUGUUGGCGUUUUAUCUGGUAGCAGCACUGGUCAAUACUCUAAAGGAACAGGGUGGACCAAUUUGAGCCGGCGUGUCGCCGUACUUGAGGACUCUGUGGGAAAGAUGAAAGCAUGGUACGAUGCGGCUAUAGAGAAGGAAGUACCACAUAGAGAAGAAAAAGAGAACGUAAGUAAGGAGAAGGAAAAAGAAGAACGUCGAUUGAAUAAAAAAAGGGAAAGGGAAGCUCUCAACAAGAAGUUCCACGACGCGAUGAAUGCUAGACUAGAUGAGAUGUACGAAGUAGUACGUGGUCAGAAGCGCAGGGGUAAUAACGGUGAGCCUACGAUGGAGAAGCUAUUGAAGGAAAUUGAGAAGUUACAAUUGGCGCAGAGUACGGUAGGCAGGAACCAUGGUGCUUCGACGAGUGGACCUCCUAUUUGCGAUGAUACACUGCUUGCUAAGAUGAUGCAAGAGCAUAAGGAUAUGGAGGUGAAACUUGAGAUGGUGGCGGUGGUUAACAAACGUGUGGAGUCGUUGGAAGAGUCACUCAAGGCGGUUAAACAACAACACGAACAUGCGCUGCAAGAGGCAGAAAAUUGGAAGAAGCAGGCGCUUCGAUCUGGUAAUAAGUGGAGCUGGUUGGCCAAGUCUCCAUCGUCUCAACUGAAGAUGCCCUCAACAACACCCUGCAAGUCAACCUUGGAGAGACCCUCUAUUGACCCAACUCAGUUGGCACAAUUGCAUACGCUGGAAGUCAACGCUCUCAAGGAGAUGUGACUGCAAGAGUUGAACUGGCGACGCGAGGCCGAACAGGAGAAUGCUCGACUGAAAGAAGAGCUUGCUAAGCGUGAUGCAGAACGAAAGGCACCAAAGUCAGUCUUCCAACAACGUUUGGAUGCGGCAGGUGGUUCGGUUGCGAAGAAUGAACGUGGAAAGCAGAAGGGUCGUGUAUGUGAAGAGCAAGAUCCCGAAUCUGAACGGGACAUUUUCAUAAGAGAAGCUCGAAAAGAACUACGCAACAAGAAGAAAGACAACUUGGUGGGAAUUUGUAUGAAAGAAGGAAUCAAGUACAGUAACAUAC